GAGUGUACAAGAGGAAGCGUUCAGGUUUCAGGGUGGGUGUCUAGAAACUAGCAUACAUGUGAAAGUUUGAGAACUAAAGACACAAACAUGUUUACUAGUGAACUACAUGUAUAACACAAGUUCAUCAGUACCGUCUAAUACAGGACAUUCAGCUUUAUAGCAGACAAUAUAACUGAAACUGGACUUUACAGAAGAAAACAAGGGGAUUAGUGCUCAAAAUGAAGCUCUUUUGCAUUCUCUCAUACUGGAUAUUUCUCUCAGAAAUCAAGACUUCAACUACUGAGGAAAUUUCUAUCCAUGGAUACACAGGACAAUACGUCAUAGUUUCAUGCUCUCAUGCUUAUGCCCUGAACAACAGAAAGUAUUUUUGCAGAGAUCCAUGUAAAAACCGAGAUAUUCUAGUUUCAUCUGAUCGUUCACCUAACAGGAGAUUUGCACUGAAGGAUUAUGGGACAGGAACGUUCACAGUAAACAUCACUGAUCUACAGGAGUCAGACUCUGGGAUUUACUGGUGUGGAGUGGACAGAGUCGGUAAAGACACAUAUCACAAGGUCAAUCUGAGAGUAUCUAAAGCGUCUUUACCAGGGAUCGUUUCUGAGAUUUACCUGACCACACAAACAGAUUCCACAUCCUCAACCAGUGAAACCAGCACACCAGGUGUUGUCAAUGCAUCAUCACCUGAUGCUUUUACUGACAAAGACACAAAAGCAGUCCAUGCAGAUUCUGUCCUCUAUGCGGUCGGAGCUGGUCUUCUAGCUGUCAUUGUAUUUUCUGUUGUACUGGUCUGCAUUUUUUGGUACAAAAAGAGAGUACAGACAUCAGCAGGAUGUGUGUCAGCACCAUCUACACACACGGCUAAUGAUUAUAAAAUUGAGGAGAGCAACUGUGAUUAUGAGAAUGAUCCACAAGAGAGACCGAAUGCAACCACAGAGAAAUCUAAAAACAAGACUAAAGGCUUUCAGAGGCAAACAGAUCCGGUCUACGUGAAUACAUGUCAACACUAUGGCAGAUCCUAACUAGAACUGGGCACAAAAAUCGAUUUUUGAUUAACUGUUUUUAUGUGGUGGAUUCUUUAUCAAUUCUCAAAAGCCCAGAAUCAUUUUUUUUACAUUUCCUCAUUAAGAUUACUGUUAAUAAUUUUAAUAUUAUCAUAUUACUGUUGUACUGAAAAUGAUUAGAGAUGGAUCAAAAUAUCGGCCAAUAAUCGGUAUUGGACGAAAAAGCAAUUUUUAACAAACUCGGCGGAUAGUUUAAAAACUGCAGUCAUGGAUGAUAUAUCAGAGAACAGGAAAUGCAAUGAAUUUGUAUAGAAAAUGUAAAGAAACAUCACUAACUUUAUAUUUGCUGUUUUGACCUUACCAUUUCUAUAAUGAUACUUUGUUUACACAAAUCAUAAUUGGUCAUUUUAAAUAAAAACUAAAGAUUGUAAAUAUCACCAUUUAAAGGGGCCAUAGCGUGAAAAUCUGACUUUUUCCAUGUUUAAGUGCUAUAAUUGGGUCCCCAGUGCUUCUA